UCCUGAUCAACAACCCAACCCAACUCACACACGCCCUCGCAAGAUGCAGUUGGGUCUCUCGGAAAGCCUGUCUUCCCUGGUAAGCAGGAGAUUUGUUGCUGCCAGGGAUGCCGGUCACUUAAUCUUCUCCUCGACGCAUCUUGCGACCGUCCACACGUCAAACAUACCGUAUCAAGUUCGCUAUUGUCCAGCUCUUGCGAAGAAACCAACAGGCGCCCCUAAGCCUGACAAGGGCCCCGGUGGACCGAAACCCGAUCCCUUCCAAGAUCCGUCUCCCGACCUUCUCCUCGCUCAGAUUCCUCGAGGGAACCCGUCGCACGUGCUGGUCUUGAACAAAUUCCCUGUAAUACCGAAUCACUUCAUUCUUGCUACAAAGGCGUGGCAAUCGCAGACAGACCUCCUCGACAAGGAAGAUCUAGAAGCCGCAUAUGCCUGUAUCAAAGCAUGGGCCGAGGGAAGUCACGCAGAGGGCCAAGGGAGCAAGAAACUCUUUGCCUUCUUCAAUUCUGGUGACGAGAGCGGUGCAAGUCAACCCCAUAGACAUUUGCAGUUUCUUCCUGUCGAGGCCAUGGCGCAGGGUGACUCUCAAAACUGGCAGCCCCUGAUUGACGCCGUGGCUCGGCAACCUACAUCCAGCGGGUCUGGUUACCAACAUUUGGCUCAGGUGCCUUUUGCGCAUUUUGCACGUCCCUUGCCAUCAAACCCCUCUAGUGAGACUCUCCAUCAGAUCUACCUGUCUUUGUACAGAGCGGCAGUAGCAACGGCAAAGGGAGACCUCAGUGACGCCGGCCAAGUCACUGGUCCUGCUACCAUUAGUUACAAUCUUGCUAUGACUGAGACAACCAUGAUGAUCUGCCCGAGGCGGAGUGAAAGUGCCCGUAUUUUAGUUGAUUCAACAGCAUCUGUAGAUGUUGCUGAGGCGGGCGUUGUCGCACUUAACGGCACAGUCCUUGCUGGUACCCUGAUGGUCAAGGCUGAGGCCGAAUGGGACGAGUUGCGUCGGAAUCCCACUUCGCUACAUAAUGUGCUUGCAGCUAUUGGAUACCCUCAACCAGAUUCGCGGGAAGUUUCUUUGUUGUAGACCGAUAUGUGCAGCGAUAUAAUAUCAAUGGUUAGAUAUUUUGCAAUAUAUGUAUUAACUAGAAGUGAUCAAG